UGCCUGGGGGUCGACAGCGAGGCGCCCCACAAGGAUUCCCCGGCGGGUUCCAAUUCUGACAUGGCGCUGAAAAUGACGAACCCUUUCCACAGUCCCACUCUGAGGAGAUCCCCAAUUCCUACGAACGGAACAUGGCGAGCGACGAGGUGUACACGAGGAGUCACAUUUCGGACCAGCAAAUGCUGUGGUUUCGCAAAGUGGGGAUGGGAUUCUUACUCGCUGCUAUCUUCGUUCCCUUUGAUCUUUUAGUAAUCGUGGCCGUCCUUGGGGCAGGAGUGUACAUUUGCAUCCGAGUUGUUCUGUCUCUGUGUCGGAGAAUGAAUGGCGCUCCAUAGAUUGGCGGGAUAAA